CGGGUGGAGCCUGGCGGCCCCGCCCGAGCCGCCCGCCCGCUCCCGCCGCGUGCAAAGUAGUGGCAGCCGGUGCGGCUCGGCGGCCGCCGCUCCCGGCGCCCCAGCGCGGCACGCGUGCCCAGGCCCCCCGCGCCAGGUUGUCUUCUGAAUUUUGUGUCUGAAGGUACCCUCUUGCUUUCUCAGCAAAUCAUGGACAUCGUUGGCUUUCUGAAGUCGCAAUUCAUUUGCCACCUUCUGAUCUGCUACAUAUUUAUAGUGUCAGGACUGAUCAUUAACUUCAUUCAACUCUUUACACUUAUACUUUGGCCAAUCAACAAGCAACUGUUCAGGAGGAUCAACUGCAGGCUGGCUUACUGCAUAUCAAGCCAGAUGGUGAUGUUGCUGGAAUGGUGGUCAGGCACCGACUGCACCCUUUACACUGACCCAGAGAGUUACCACAAGUACGGGAAGGAGAAUGCCAUCGUAAUCCUUAAUCACAACUUUGAAAUUGACUUUCUCUGUGGUUGGAACUUUUGUGAGAGAUUUGGGGUCUUGGGGAGCUCCAAAGUGCUUGCAAAGAAGGAGCUCUCCUACAUGCCUGUCAUUGGCUGGAUGUGGUAUUUCCUAGAGAUCGUCUUCUGCAAGCGCAAGUGGGAGGAGGAUCGGAAAACAGUCGUACAGAAGUUGCUCAAUCUCCGGGACUACCCUGAACACUUUUGGUUCCUGAUUCAUUGUGAAGGCACAAGGUUCACAGAGCAGAAGCACCAGAUCAGCAUGCAGGUAGCCGAAGCCAAAGGUCUGCCCAAGCUCAAGUACCACCUCCUGCCACGAACAAAAGGAUUCGCUGUCACCGUGCAGUGUUUGAGAAAUGUAGUUUCUGCAGUCUAUGAUUCUACCCUUAAUUUUAGAAAUAAUGAAAAUCCAACAUUGCUGGGAGUUCUAAAUGGAAAGAAAUAUCACGCAGAUUUAUAUGUAAGGCGGAUUCCACUAGAGGAUGUCCCAGAAGAUGAGCAGGAAUGUUCUACCUGGCUCCACAAACUGUAUCAAGAAAAGGAUGCAUUCCAGGAAGAGUAUUACCGCACAGGAACCUACCCAGCAGUCCCUACAAUACCACCCCGUCGACCAUGGACACUUUUGAACUGGCUUUUCUGGGCCUUAUUGCUGCUAUAUCCUUUCUUCAAGCUGCUCAUCAACAUGAUCAACAGUGGAUCAUCACUGACACUGGCUAGUUUUGCAUUUGUCAUUAUAAUAGCUUCUGUUGGUGUCAGAUGGAUGAUCGGGGUUACAGAAAUUAACAAGGGCUCCACCUAUGGCAACAAUGACAACAAACAGAAACACAAGUAGCACCUUCAGAGACUGCUUCAAUCCAAAGGGAACAAAUGCAACUGUUGAAAACUCUAAAGUGCAUAUCACAAUCCUUCAAGUAAGAUCAGAGGAUGAGCAAUUGCUGUGCGUAUCUGAAUUUGUGCUCCUGUUGUUUUUCUCUGGGGUUUGGGCUGGAUGACAUGCUGGAAAGCUGCACUCCUUCGUAUACUCUCAACAACAGGUUUGCACAUGUGUGGUUGGUUUGUUUUCCUAUGAAAUGUCCUAAGUUUUGAAGAAAAAAAAUAUUCCAGCGUGCUUGUAUGAAGAGACUCUACCUGGAAACUAACCAGAGGUGCAGGCUUUAAUGUCAGAAGAUUGUUACAAGAUGAUUAAACUUGAUAGUUGUGUAGAUCACACAGUUUAACAACCAUAAUCUGUCAGUGUUUAAGUACAGUACAGCGGGAUGCUGUGCUUGGUUAUAGCAGUAUUGGACUGAAGCAGCUCUGCUGGACUGGCAGAACUACUCUAGAGUUUUGGUACAUCUAGAACUGAUUCCCACAGUGUGCACUACAUCAGCCCUUCAAAACUUCAGCCAGACUCUGGACAUCAUCCAGACAUCAGAGCCCAGCAGUAGCAUAACCUGGAUCAGAAUUUGGCCCUGUGGCCUGAGCAGAGCUAAGUUACCCACUGCCCCCUCUUUCCCCAGGCUAUACAUUUGAGGGAUAGAUGAAACCUGUAAUUCUGCAAAGUAAAUGUCAUUUUAGUUUGGAAAAAUUGAGGUAGUAAAAUUCCUUUUGGUUUUAAAUGCUACUUAAAAUUCUGGGUCAUACUAACAAGUGUGGAAAGAAAAUAACUGGGCAUGGUGUAGUGAAAUAAUGCAAAGUGUGCAUUAAAAUGUAUGCCCCACAUACAUUCACUGUUGUGAACCUAAUUAAUCUGCUCGUCUGUCUUUUCUGAUAAAUUAGUUUACUCGGUGCCUCAUAACAGCCUGAAGUAAAAGUAAAUUAUUUUCUUCUGGGGAGAGGAGGGGGAUUGAGGAGAGAGGCCUAGGACAGUGGGUAUGACUGGGUUUUUUUUAAUGUUUGUCUUGAUUGGACGCCCUUCUGAAUUAAACAAAACUGGAAUCAAGCUCUGAGGAAAGUGGGGUUGCUCUGAUACUCCCGGUACUGAUUUCAGGGCAGCCGCCUCCUGUUUUUAAACUUCCAGAGUUAGGGAUCUGCAGGUUACUAGAAAUAACUUGUUUAAUGCAGGAAACAAAAUCAAAAGAGGGGACAUUAACAGCAAAUAUGAUUGGAAAAAAAUCCCAAUGUUUUCAAGUCUACAGAUUCCAACACUGAGCAGUGGAGGUUGUGGUUGACACUUUCAAAGACAGUCCAUUUUCACUCGGCAUAGGACUAAACCAUUAUAGUCUCUAGUGAAGAAAGUGAGUAAUCUUAUUCUAGCAGCUGGUAUGAAAACAUUGCUCUUUUCACAUAAUAAAAUUGAGGCCAGAAGAAACAGGCUAAUACAACAAUAUGAAUCAUUCCAUGAAAUAUGUAUUUGCUAUUCAGUACAUCAGACAAUCUGGAAACUCACCUUUUCAAUAUACAGCACCUAAAAAGCAGGUGAAGUAGUGCUUUUAGUAUGGAGCAAUAAGUGAAGUUUAGGGAUAGUGGAGGCAGUAAAAUUUACAACACGAAGGAAGAAAUAGCUGUGUGAGGUGUGAGAGACUGCCUUGGAGGGCUUUUUGCCUCACACAUCUUGUGUACACUUGCAUUCCAUGUUCUGAAGCUUUCAGAAAUAGGUCGUUCAAUGUCAUGAACAGAAACAUGGGCUCAGAUGUAGUUUUUAGAGCCCAAGAGUAGAAAAUUCUGUAAUAUAUACAAUGCUAUUUAAUAAAGCACAUGCCCUGCACUCUAUUUGCUAUAACAGUCUUUAACAGUGAAAAACUGAGUAUUGCAUCCUGUAGUAAUGAUCAGGCACAUGAACAAGCCAGACUUGAAGACACUGUACACAAGAGUUGGAAAACGGGUGGGAGGGGAGAAAGGAAAGGCCUCUCCAGGGUAGCAUUUUACUGUAAACAUUACCUGGCAGGCCCAGUGGCCUUUUCCUGGGGCAGUGGGUGAGUAGUGAGCAGCAAAUACAUACUCCUGGAGUGACACAGGCUGUUCUGCCUUCCUAAGAGCCACAGAUUUAACCUGCAGUAAGGAAGACAUUUGGCAUUCCUUGUGAAUCUUAGUCCUUCCCUCUCCAACUGCAUGCAGUGCACUUCUCCCAGCGGAAAGCAGCACCAAACGAGUAAAUACUUCUGAAAGAGUGCAGAGAUGAUUUCAUACCCAUUUCCCUGGGACCAACCCUUACAACAGGCUGAGGGCCAAACAUGCCACUCCUGGAUCCAUCCUCCUAAGCACCUGUGCAAUUCCUGGCACACUGCUGAGGCCCUUCCAGCACUCACUGACAGAGAAAGCUUAAUGGUCCUUGCCAAAGUUAAAAUUGUCCAGUUCACUGUAUUAAAAGAAUGACAUAGGGUAUUAGGAAGCAGUGUUUGUCCCUCAUCCCCACAAGCAACUGUUAUGUUCUACAACUGCCUUAACAAAAUUAGUCUUAAUGUUUGUUUAUACAAAAAUAAAUGUAUAAAAAGCUAAUACGCAGUGAAUGAGUUUUCUUUUGGCUGGCAAGAACAAACUGGUAACAGUUUCUCACCUCUGUCCUGACUCCCAAAAGCUGUCCACAGUUCCUGUUUGUGUUCAAGGGCACCUGAAACGAGGCAGGUGAGGACACGACUCCCUCAGAUGCUUCUGUUGUAGUGCAAAGUGGAGCACACAAGCUGGGGGGAACACUUCCACCUCAGGUGCUUUCAUAGUCCUUUGCUGGGGAUGACAACAUACUUCCCCCCUCCUAUCACACAACUGAAAGUAGAGAAGUUAAAAGAAGGGAAAGUCUUUGUUUAAAUUCAGCCAUUAUACUUUUUGAGAGCCUAAAUACGUGCAUAGGUGACAUGCACAGCAAGGCUCAUACUUUCCUAGACAGAAAUGUCAGAUUUUGUGGUACCUCCUUGACCCCUCACCCUGCACCUGUGACUAACUUGUGGAUUACAGUGAGAGACAAGACACUAGAAUAUAAAACCAAAUAUUAAAAGCAAGGUUUAAGUUACCUAUUUUAAGUCUAAGGCCGUAACAGGAAUAUGUAAACUUGCACUAAAGUUUACAAGUAACAGUUUUAAGUCACCUGUUUGUAAUAGCAAGUAAAAAAAAAAAAAACUAGAUCACGCAUUGCAGGCUAUUUCUUCCAAUUGCUGACCACUUCUAAUCUCUCUUCCUUUUCUGAGGCUGAUGACAACUGGGGUGUGGUGGGGAAACGAAAGCCGAGGAUGAGAAGUCAGUUUCCAAAAGGUAACAGUAGGUUCUUGGUUUUGCGAAAUGGAACACAAAAUCAGCUUGAACAGCUCUCUUCUAAAAGACAAAAAUGCCAUGCAGAGCACUCCCUGUUCACAGUGCACGUAUUCAAGAAGGAAGUUAUCCCUUAGAUAAAAGGCAAGUGUCAGGAAUUGCCCACCACCCUCUUUUCUCAGAAGGCAGUGAAAGGGGGAAACCUUCCUUCUCUUAUCUCUUGUGUAAGAAGUAUCUCACACGACUCAUUUUGAAACUUGACAAAACAU